AUGAGAACCCAGCUGCUGCCGCCUGCGCCCUUGGUGCUGUCUCUGUUGAUCCUUGGCUCAGGGCAUUAUGCUGCUGGAUCAGAUCUCAAGGAGACCUACUCUGGCAAAGGGGAAUCGUUUUCUGAGGACCACAGUGCUGAUGCAUUUGAAGCGACAGUUACUUCAAGAAGUGAAACGUCCUCAGAAAUUGAGAUUUCCCCAGUGACGGAAGUGCCUUCAAGUGAUGAACUGACCUCAGGGACUGACUAUGACUAUUCAGAAGAGUAUGAUAAUGAACUACAUAUAUCCGGCUAUAUAGUAGAUGAUUCAAUCAGAGUUGAACAGGUAGUUAAACCUCCCAGAAACAAAACAGAGAGUGAAAAGACUUCAAACAAACCUAAAAGGAAGAAAAAGAGUGGCAAAAAUGGAAAAAACAAAAAAAACAGAAAGAAGAAAACACCUUGUGAUUUAGAGUUCCAAAAUUUUUGCAUUCAUGGAGAAUGUAAAUUUAUAGAGAACCUGGAAGCAGUGACAUGUGUAUGUCAUCAGGAUUACUUUGGUGAAAGAUGUGGGGAAAAGUCUAUGAAGACUCAAAAAAUAGUUGAUAGUGAUUUAUCAAAAAUCGCUUUAGCAGCCAUAGUUGCCUUUGUCUCAGCCGUAAGCCUUGCAGCUGUUGUCCUUGUUAUUACAAUACAGCUUCGGAAACGAUACUUCAGUGAAUAUGAAGGUGAAGCAGAAGAAAGAAAGAAACUUCGGCAAGAGAAUAAUGCGCAUACUGUUGUAUAA